AUGAGCGUCAUGAACGUCGCCGAUACUUUUGGUGCAGAGCUGAUUGGAACGUUUAUUGCAGCGAUUCUCUUCGGCAUCACGAUCCUUCAGACAUUCAUUUACGUUCAAAACCAUCCUGGUGAUGCGAAAUGGAGCAAGAUAAUAGCAUGUGUCCUAUGUUCUCUCGACGCCAUUCAACUCGCAUUUCAGUUUCACGUCAUAUACUGGAAUUUGUUUCUUAAUUCAAGCAUGCAGAGCCCCACAGUAGUUGUAUGGAGUUACAAGGCGCAAUUAGUUAUCGGGUCGCUAUGCAUCAUGUUCGUGCAGACGCUGUACGCGCAUCGCAUCUGGAAAUUGGAUGGCUUAUUGCAUAGUGAUUCGCGAUUCCGCCAUGUACUGCCUCUAUUCGUCACAGGCUUCGUCCUUGCAGGUUAUGGAGGUGGCUCAGCGUCUCUUUAUGGUGGUACGGACGUCAUCAUCGCCAUCUCAAUGUGCUUUCUCCUUGCUCGUUCGCGCACGGGAUUCCAGACUCAAUCCGACUUAACUAUUGGGUUGCUAAUGGUGUUCAUAUUAAACACGGGUGUUCUCACGAGUGUGCUAGCUCUUCUGACCAUGAUUACCGAAGCCGUGUGGCCCCGUGGACUUGUCUUUGCCGCAGUCCAGUAUCAAAUGACGGAAUUGCAUAUCAAUUCAUUUUUAGCCCUGCUUAACGCACGGCGAUUCCUCCGCCGUCGUCGGAAGGCACAUAUUCAGUUCCAUCAAGGAAAUGGCCUAUCGUCGGUCGGUGCCUCACUGCCAUGUUUCAUUUCAUAUAGUCCCAAAUCGUUGCCGACCGACGGGUCAAUCGUCGUGGCUACUGUGCACGAUAGCGAUCUAGGCUCACCUAUUGAAGUGCAUAUCGCGCGGAGUCUAUCCGCUCAUCAAACUCACCCUGAGGAUUCCAUCGGCCUUGCACAAUGA